CGGGGCCAGGAAGGAAGGCCAGAUGUUGGCCUAAAGCCCUGCUGUGCCGUCAAAACUGCCAUCUUUCUCUCGCCCUCGCUCCACUCAAGUUCAUUCAAGUUCUCUGUUCUCUGAUUUGAAUUCAUUUCUAGGGUGGAACUCCUUUGCUGCCCCACCCAUGGGCGCAGGUGUGUCUACCUGCAUUUAGGAAUUUUCGAACACGGAAGUUUCAGGACAGUCACGGCUCGUGUUGCGCACCUGGCCCCUCUGCUCUGGUGUCGUCCAGAGAGCCGUACAACCGCGAGCCGAAAUCUGUUCGGGCGGUGGCCGUCGACGACGCGUUUGGACUUUGAGAACCGGGUCCCAGCGGGAGUCCGACCCGAUGGCGUCCGCCGGACAAAUGCGUCCGAGUGGCCCGACGGAGGGCGCCGGGCUCGGGGAGAGCCCGCCGGUCCGCGGCAGCGCAGAGAAGCUGAGCCCCUCCGCUGUCAACCGCAUCCUGAUGGAGUUCUUGAUCUACUUCGGGAGAGCAGUCCUCCUCUUCUAUCCCGUCUAUCUGACCGGGUACCUGGGCCUCAGUGUCAGCUGGGUGCUGCUGUGCAUGGCCAUGGUCACUUGGUGGAAGAAGAAUCGCCAGUGGAAGGACGCGCGCAUCGGAACCGCGAUCGAUUUUGUGGACAAUGAACCGCAUGUGAUCAACCGGGAGCUGCAGAGCGCUUUGCAAAUGGCAUCGUGGGUCCAUUUCCCUGACGUUGAGAAGGUCGACUGGGUUAACAAGGUGUUGGAGCAGGCCUGGCCUUUCUUUGGGAUGUACAUGGAGAAGCUCCUUAAAGAAAACAUCCAGCCGUCCGUCAGGCUCUCCAGCCCCGCGCUCAAAAUGUUCGCUUUUACUAAGGUCCACUUUGGACACACACCUCUCAGGAUCACGGGAAUGAAAGUCUACACCCAUGAAGUGGAUCAGAAGGAGGUGAUUCUGGACAUGAACAUAUGCUAUGAUGGGGAUGUGGACAUCGACACUGUGGUGAAGCCGCCAAUCACAGCUGGUAUCAAAGGACUUAAACUCAAGGGGAUGCUGAGGGUCAUUUUGGAGCCGCUCAUCGGUCAAGUACCACUGGUGGGAGGAGUCACCUUUUUUUUCAUUCGCCGCCCGACUCUAGAAAUCAACUGGACUGGCAUGACCAACCUGUUGGACAGUCCUGCCUUCAGUUCGCUGUCUGAGGAUACCAUCAUGGACAUCAUUGCCUCCCUCAUGGUGCUGCCCAACCGCAUGUGUUUUCCCCUCAUAGACCAGGUCAAAGUGGACCAGAUGAGAUUCCCACUACCUCGUGGCGUGGUGAGGGUCCACUUGCUGGAGGCCAAAGACCUGUUGGCUAAGGAUACAUACAUGAUGGGUUUAGUGAAAGGCAAAUCAGACCCCUACGCAACACUCAGAGUCGGCAACCGAAAUUUCAAAAGCAAGACCAUCAAAGAGAGUUUGAACCCGCGAUGGAACGAAGUGUAUGAGUUUGUCGUCCAUGAGGCCCCGGGUCAAGAGUUGGAGUUGGAGCUGUAUGAUGAGGACACAGAUAAAGAUGAUUUCCUUGGAAGGUACUACCUUGAUUUUGGAGAAGUGAAGGUGGAGAAAGAAAUGGAUAAGUGGUUUCCUCUGGUAGAGGUCCAGACGGGGCAAGUUCAUCUCAAGCUCCAGUGGCUCUCCCUGAGCACUGACUCCAGCCUGCUUACUCAGUCUGCAGAUGGCCUUGCUUGUGCAAUGCUUGCAGUGUAUCUGGACAGUGCCUCAAACCUACCAAAAGACCACAGUGAGAUGGCCGAGCACCAAAAACAUGGGAAGCACGCAAAGGAAGCUCGGCUCACAAGGAGAACUCCCAAUCCCAACUCCUUUGUGGAGUUUUCCAUUGAUGAGGAAGUUCAGAAAAGCAAGGUUGUGUAUGCAUCCAAAGACCCGUCGUGGGAGGAGGGCUUCACCUUCUUUGUGCAUGAUGUUAAAACAGAGCAGCUCACUGUUCAGGUGAAAGAGCACGAGAAGAAGACUCAGCUUGGCAUCCUAAAAUUGCCGCUAAGUCGCCUCCUUAAAACCUCCAACAUGACACUGGACCAGCGCUUCCUGCUGGAGCGCUCUGGAGCCAACAGCCAGAUCAAACUGAAGGCCACUCUCAGGAUUCUUACUAUGGAAAAGCCUCCACCCAAGAUUAUCCUCAAUCCUCCACCACAAAAAUCACAGACCAGCCAAGGAAGUAAUGGCUCUGUAUCCACUCCAUCUGUCGCUACAUCCUCCUCUCCAGCAAUUCCCUCCAACAAUAUCCCUCCGGGCCAAGAUUUAUCUCCAACCCGAGCAGCUGAUUCCCAGAAUGGCACUAAUGAAGAUUAUGCAGCUCACCACCAUGGUUCCCUCCUGGCUUCCGAAGCCUACCGCUCCGCUCCUUCAAGAUCAAACAUGCGUCGGUAUGACUCCCACAGCCUGCUGUCGGAGAACUCCAUCGCUUCGUCCCGUUUUGACGUUUCAGAGGGAGCCUCAUAUCCAGAGGCCAUAAGGAAACAUCAGGGAUCAUUUGGGGAGAUCCACCUGACUAUACGCUAUGCCACCCUGAGGAACAAACUCAUCAUUCUGGUUAAUGCUUGCAGGAACUUAUUCCCCUGCAGUGACAAUGGCACAGACUCUUAUGUCCGCCUCUAUUUGCUCCCUGACCAAACCUGGAGACACCGCAAGAGAACACAUGUUAAGAAGAGGACAGUCAAUCCUGUCUUCAAUGACAAGUUUGAGUUUGAUGUGUCACUUGAGGACGUGCAAAUGAGGAAGUUGGAUGUGGCAGUAAAAAACAACAAAAUGUUCCAUGCAAGGGAGAGGAAAGACAUUGGCAUGGUGUUGAUAGAUCUUUCACGGUUGGAUCUGGCCAAAGGCAUCACAGAAUGGUAUGAGCUCACACUGCCUGGGCUGAAGAAAUCCAGCUAGCAGGUGGGGAUAUAAAAGUUCUGUUUGCAUCUUAAACAGCAGCCUCUCAGCCACUGCAAGGCAAAUGGGUGCCUGACAAAUACUUGGAGAAUUGCACAUUCCCUUGUCUUCCUUAUCAUCGCUGAUCAGAUUUUGAUAUGACAAAUGCAGCACUGAACUUAUCUCUGAUAGUGGGCAUGUUUGGUAUUUAUAUGUCAAAGUGUGUAUGAUCACAGACACAUACUGUACAGCAAUGUUCCAAAACCCAGUCCCGCUUAAGGUCUUACUGGGAAUAAAUGUUUUAAGUACAUCUCGUCUCACUUAAAGUAUCACACAUAAUUUAUCAAAAUAUUCAGAUUAGAAUAUACUGUUUUAAAUCAUCUUGCACAGAGCAGAAAAAUAGUUACAAGUAGGACUUUUAAACAUGCUUUGGUAUCCCAGAUAAUGUUAGCAUUAGUAAUUGUAUGAAUUUAUUGUAGUUUAUCUGGGUUGAUAGGCAGACACUAAAUGAUUCUGAAUAAUAAUGUUAUUAAUAAGCAUUUUUUCCAUUGAAAUAAAAAGAAUAUAAUUCAUCAUAAAAUGUAUGUAUGUCUAUUCUAUUGAUAAACAAGGUGAUGUCUUUAUUUUGAAUUUUUUUUUGUGAGAGGUUUGGUUUUUGAGAUGAUCUAAGCCAAGGUUAUCCUUUUGUAUUUUCAUGUAAGUUGCUGUAUUUACAGUUUUAUGUAAUAUAU